UGCUGUUAUGACGUCAUUAGAAAAACGAACAUCAUGAGCAGAACGUUUGUGUAGUUAAAUAAUUGUCUGCAUAACAAUUACAUCAAGCGUGACAUGAUACGCCUUAUUACGAGAGGAAAAGUGAACCAAACACCACUGUCACAAGCACACCGUGGGAGUGUGUGCAGUCAGGAAGAGUAAACGUUGCUUCCGUAAUACAACCAUAACAAACAAGCACGUGCAAAGUUCAUAUCAAAAUAAUGUGAAUGAAAAUUGUUUCAAAUGAGCUAUUUGUAUUUAUGUAUUUAGAAUACCUCGGCAUUGGGGCACGAGAAAGUAAAAGCUCAGAAUUAUUACUGAAGAUAGUGAGUUAGGCUGCUGCUGUGCAAACAGUUGUCGAUUCUGCUGUUGAUAUGGAAAACUGAGUCACCUGUAGUUGCUCUCCGAUCAUAUGACUGUUUAAAGUACUGAAUUCCGUUACUUGGAUUUGUUUACUGUUCAUUCUGUUGGUAUCUGGACACUGAGGACGUCUCUGAACGGCUUGUCAAAAGAGAAAGAGGGAUGUCGUAUGAACAAGAUGAAGAUGACCAAUAUGCUCCAGGGUAUGAUGUUGGUUCAUUUCCUAAAGAUUUUGGAUAUGGUCCCUUCGACCAGGAUGGCGAUGGUCCCCCAGGCCCUCUGGCUGGUGAGCAGAAACCAAGAAUAUUGCUGAUGGGCCUUCGGAGGAGUGGUAAAUCUUCAAUACAAAAGGUGGUCUUCCACAAAAUGUCACCCAACGAGACAUUAUUUCUAGAGAGUACAAACAAGAUCAUUAAAGAUGACAUUUCAAACUCAAGUUUUGUGCAGUUCCAAAUAUGGGACUUUCCUGGUCAGAUUGAUUUCUUUGACCAGUCAUUUGAUUCUGAUAUGAUAUUUGGAGGGUGUGGAGCUCUGGUUUUUGUUAUAGAUGCUCAGGAUGAUUACAUGGAAGCACUGAUGAAAUUAAAUCUUACUGUUACAAAAGCCUUCAAAGUAAAUCAGAGCAUUAAAUUUGAGGUUUUCAUUCAUAAAGUAGAUGGAUUAUCAGAUGAUUAUAAGAUGGAAACACAGAGAGAUAUUCAUCAGAGAGCUAACGAUGAUCUUGCAGAUUCAGGAUUUGAUCAGAUUCACUUGAGCUUUCAUCUGACUUCUAUUUAUGAUCACAGUAUAUUUGAAGCAUUCAGUAAAGUUGUACAAAAGCUGAUUCCACAAUUACCAACAUUGGAAAAUCUGUUGAAUAUACUGAUUUCGAAUUCUGGAAUUGAAAAAGCCUUUCUUUUCGAUGUUGUGUCGAAGAUAUAUAUAGCAACUGAUUCUUCUCCAGUUGACAUGCAGAGCUAUGAACUUUGCUGUGAUAUGAUUGAUGUUGUUAUAGAUGUCUCUUGCAUUUAUGGCCUCAGAGAUGACACAGAUGCAGCAGCAUUUGAUUCUCAGAGUUCAAGCUUAAUUAAACUUAAUAAUGGUACUAUUUUGUACUUAAGAGAAGUGAAUAAGUUCCUAGCUCUAGUGUGUAUACUCAGAGAAGACAACUUUGAUAGACAAGGGGUAAUUGACUACAAUUUUCUUUGCUUCCGAGAAGCCAUACAGCAAGUAUUUGAAUUGAGAAAUAAGAGCCAGGCAUUAGGAAAUACAACAAACAGCCAUGUAGCAAACCACGUGAAUAGCCUGUCAGCAGGCAUGGAACAGCCACAAGUAAAUGGUGCCAAUAUGAAAAGCUGAGGCAGUAAACGGAGUCUGCAAGGAUUGAAACAGGGCAUGUGGAAGAUGAAGGUAAUGCUUACAAGGAUAUCUUACAUCACAGUUGAUUGUACUUUGCCCCUGUUAAGUGUACUGUUAAAGUAUUGUUUAGGACAUUCUAGUCUAGGAAUGCAGCUUAAGAACCAGCAAGAAGAAUGUGGCAUGUGACAGACUUUGCUGAUCUGCAAUUAUGCCAUGCAUUCUUGUAAGAUUUUUUUGGCAUAAAACGUUGUUGUGUAUUGCCAUACAAGGGGCACAGUGAAUGUCUUAUUUCUUCGUUACAUAUCUGAUCGCGUUGCCAAAAUAUGUACAUACUACAGAGUGCAGAGAUAAUUGUAUAUUUUAAGAACAGCUGACAAGACACUUAUUUUUAAAAAUUUGCCUUCUUAGAGAGGAAAAAAUAAGGCUGUAUCAGAUUUGUAGAAUAUUGUGUGUUGAUAGCCACUAUAAACCAGCUAAUUUUAAGAAUUUUGCAGUUUUUUUAUAUGCUAUUUAUAGACUUCUUGUAUAAGAUGUUAAACUGAAAGACUUGUUUUCAAAAAUAAAUAUAAAGAAAUGUUUUAGUAUGAUCAAAGUUGUUUGUUUAGUAAUCUCCUGUGUCAUUAAGAAAUAUGAGAGGAUUUGUGACACAAUAAAAACAUAAAUUUCAUUGCUUAAACAGAUAUUAGAUUUUGUGGCACUGUGCCAUUAUUCAGUUCUCACUACUAUAGCAUUGUCAGUACAGGAGGAUCUAUAAAUUCAAAUCUGAAACAUAAUGGAGGACUGUUUUAUAUUCAGUAUUGUUUAUAAACAACACUGCUGAAAUGUGUUUCCGCAUAAUUUAUUACAUCUUAGCAUGAAAAAGCAAACUGGUAGUGAAGUUUCUUACAUUCACAUUAUGUGUCUGGGGCAACCCUACUGGAGAAGAACUUUCAGUGCUGAUUAGCAUUUCACACACCAUGUGUGCCAAUCACUUAUGUCAAAAAUAUUGCAAUAUUUUAUAGAUUGUUCAUUUACUACUUCAUUUUGUAUCACCUCAUGUAAUAAAUUGUACAAUGUAACCGUAUAUAGAAUUAAUGGAAUUUGUUAUUGCUCAUUUUACAAAACUCUUAGCAUUGAAGAAUAUAAAAUUUGUGAUAGAAAACUGCAGUGACUAUUUAUUUUUCUGAUUCUUGUGGAAAAUCCUCACUAGUCAUUUGGGAGCUAAUUUGAUCACCACAUUGUGCGACUGUUGUGUAAUUGUGUAUAGAUAGUGAUGCUUUGAAAGGGAGAACUAUUGCAAUAUGUUUAACAUUCACACUGCCUCUGCUGUCUUAUAUCUGUAAAUCAUUUUGUUGCAAAUACAUGGUAGGAUAAAUGAAUGUCUAUGUAAUUUUAGUUUAUAAGCACAUCUGUGACACAAUAAUAUUGCACUUGGCCUCCCGUGGCUGUUGUCAGAAAGAUGUGGUGACAUUACAGUAAACAAGUGCUGUGGUGACUAAGGAAAACACAUCACACUGCAAUUGAUUCCAAGACAGUUGUGCAUAUUCUGUUAUGUGUUUCAGCAUGUCCUCUUGAAAUAUCAUUAAAAAAUCUCACAAUAACAAUAUAUUUUAUUCUUUUAGUUCAUGGGUUUUAUCUUUUAGUAAUGUCUUUCGUAUUUAAAACUGCCGAUUAAUUGCUACUAAGCAUCCAUUUCACUUAAAUAAAAAUGGUAGAAAAACAAACACACACACACACACACACGGUUUACUGUUCAGUAGUAUAGUUUGUAGAUCUACACCCUGUCAAAAUACCAGAGAAACUAUUUUUAUGCCAGAAAAAUGUGCUUUAAUAAUGUUUUCAUUGUUAUUAAAAGUAAUAAGUAGCUGUGAGCCCCCUCUUUGAUUACUAUGUUAUACUGCUCGUAUUUGGAAAUAUGUUACUCAUAAUACUUCUGAAUAAACUUUCUGUUAUAUAGUUUAUUAAUGUGUAAUUUGUUUUAAUUUAAUUUUGUGUCCAUCAAUAAGAGGAUGGUGCGAACUAUUCCCAACGUGUAACACUGGGCAUAUCUGAAGAAGUAAAUCUUUGGAAAGUGAAGAGUUAGCUAUCAUGAUUUAAUUCAUAUACUGAAGAAUAGUUUUGAUUGCAUAUGUGUGUAAAACAAUAAUAAAUUAUUACAUGACAGUGUAUUCUUGAAAAGUUACCUUAAAUGUGUAUUUCUUGUUGUCUUUGUGAGUGUACAGUAUGUUGCGUACUUAUGAUUUACAAAAAAUUAUAGAUACUAUGUAAUGUUCUCAUUGUAACUAGGAGAAGAGCAGUUCAUUAUGCGUAUUUUAUGUAUGGUUUCCCCCCCUAUUACUAUUUAAUCAUAAAGAAUUUUAAUGUGUUCAGUGUUUAGUUGCAGUGCUUGCUCUUUCUUCUUCUAAAAUAUGCGGUGUAAUUUGUUUAUACUGCAAUAAGGGUUAAUUCCUAAAUUUCAUUUUAUCAUUUUAAAGGUUUCAUUAGUUAAUUUCAUUUUUAACUGUCCUUUUUAAUUAAGCUCCAGGAAACAAUUGUCAAAGAUUGUGACGAUCAGCAGUGACGUCAAUUAUAAAUCUCAGUUUUCGCACAGACACUGCAGGAGUCAUUGUUUUUAAUGGUUUAAUACGUUACAUAACUCACAGUCUUUGUCAGUUUUUUGUAAGUUAAUUUUUCCAUGACAUGUUAUAAUUAACGGCGGAGAUUGAGUGUCUUCCAUCGAACAUAUGAAACAAAAAAAAAAAUUUUUUUUCAUGCUCGAUUGCAUAAUUGUCAUCAAGGGUAUUGUGCCACCGUGUAUUGUAUGCUAUACAAAUAUAUAAAUUUUUUGUUUAUGUUGUCAUGAACUGUAGUUAUUUGUGUCUUCCAUGUAUAAUUCUGUGUUGUUCAAUACCUAUGC